AUGGCGGCCCUCAUCCUUGCCGUGCUCUCCCUGAGCACCCUGGGUACAGCCCUCCGCUACGGCACCGAAGCCCCCGCCAACGCCCCCGCAACCGCCUACACCGUGGCCCUCCUGACCUCCGCCGAAACAAACCCGGACGCCGCCAACUUCGCCCGCUGCGGCGGCGUUCUAGUCUCCGCCCGCUCAGUCCUGACCAGCGCCCGCUGCAUUGAGAACUCGACCGCCGAAGCCCUGAGCAUCCGCGCCGGCAGUCGCGACCGCACGGCCGGCGGCGCCGUCGUCCCCGUCUCUGAGAUCACCGUACACCCCCAGUACGACAGUUCAACCUGGGACUACGACAUUGCCGUCCUAACGCUGCAAGACGACGCCGCGGUGCGCGUGGGACACGCCACACCCGCAAUUAUCGGCUCGUACUCGUCCCUGCUUGCCGAUCCGACCAUCACCGAGGGCCCAGGUGCAGGCCCGGUGUCCAGCACAGGCGCCCUGUACGGCUGGGGCCUGUACAACUACAGCGACACAGCGUUCCCGUCAAACCUGCUUACGCUCCCUGGUGUGAUCUUCGUUCGCCACGACCUCUGCGCCGACAUCUGGCACUAUAUCCGGAACAUCACGGAUCGCAUGAUCUGCGAUUAUCCUGGGAAUGAGCGGGCCAGUUGGGAGGGAGAUCGGGGUGGGCCGCUGGUGGAUGAGCGUACGGGGAAGGUGCUGGGGAUCAUGAGCUUUAGCAUUCUCGAGACGGAUCUGCACCAGGUUGUGCCGGAGGUGAGCACGAGUUUGGAGGCUGUGAGGGGGUGGAUUGAGGGGGUUGUGAUGUGGGAUUAG